UUGAUCGAGCCAACGUCGAAGGCCAUGUCGACUUACUCGGUCUUCACCGAGUCGUCUCGGAUUUUCAACGAUGUCCUCCUCGCCGACGAUCGCCUUGGAUUUCCGGACGCCUUCAAAGAAGCGGCCAAGAAACUCAAGUUUGUUGGCGGUGAUGAUAAGCCGUUCGUUCUCACGCCCCUGAAGAUUACCGAGUCUUCCGCCUCCCUCACGGCCCUCCUGGCUACUGCUGCCAAUGUCGUAGCGGCAGAUAGGUAUGGAAUCGACUACCAGGAUAUCGAAGUCAAUACCGACGCCGCGACACUAUUUUUGGAGUCUGUGUUGUUGCCAACCAUUGGCGGCAAACAGUUCCUACAGAACCCGAAGAUGCUACAGGAGCUUGCAAAGAUGGACGUUCACGACAUGUCCAAGCCCAUCAGACGCUAUGCCACCAAUGUUUACCAGACGAAGGACGGUCGCUGGUAUCAUCUCCACGGUUCAAUGAACGCCGAGCCGACGAUGAAGAUGAUGGGAGUCGAGAAUCUCGACGUUAGCCCAGAAGAGGCCAUCAAAAUAUACGCCGAGAAGGUCUCUCAGUGGAACUCCAAGGAGAUUGAAGAGGUUGCGAAUGAACAGUACAAGCAAGCCGGCGUUGUCUGCUACACUCCUGAUGAGUUCUUUGCCAGUGAGCAGGGUAAAAUCAUGUCAGAGGAGCCUCUGUGGAGCUCAACUCGAGUGUCAGCCCCGCGGAAGGCUUGGCCUCAGUCGAAAGACAAUCAUGGUUUCAAGCCUCUUGCUGGUAUCAGAAUCAUCGAUUUCUCUCGCGUCAUUGCAGCUCCGGCGGUAUCGAAGAUGCUCAGUGUUCUCGGCGCUGAUGUUUUGAGGGUAUCUAACGACAAGUUGCCAGAAUAUCCCUCGACGAUGCCGGACUUGCAGACUGGGAAGCGGGAUGUUAACAUUGACCUCAAGACUGAGAAGGGCAAGCAAACGUUCAGGGAGCUAGUUGAGGGGGCCGACAUUCUUGUUGACGGGUACCGCCCAGGAGCACUGAAGAGGCUUGGAUUCGACACCACUUCCCUGCGCAAGCUUAACCCCAGUCUCAUUUACAUGCGAGAGAACUGUUACGGCUUCAAGGGACCAUUGGCGCACCGAUCUGGGUGGCAGCAGAUUAGCGACUGCCUGGUAGGCGUGUCCCAUCUCCAAGGCAAAUUUCUUGGCCUCGAGGAGGCCGUCGUGCCUCUCCUACCAAAUUCCGACUACCAAACUGGGUUGAUCGGCGCCGUGGCUUGCAUCCAGGCGUUGUUGGCCCGCAGCAAGGAGGAUGUCACGUUCGAUAUCGACAUAAGUCUUACCCAAUACAACAUCUGGUAUUACAAGCUUGGGCUCCAUUCCGAACAGCAACAGCGCGAGCUGCGAGAAAGGGAUCCUCAGUUCAAGCCCCGCCACUUCGAUGACAUGGGCACAUUGGUCGGCAAGACGCACGAGUGUUGGAAGAGAAUUCGCCCAGAUCUCUUUAUGCAUCCCGAGUAUUUCUGGGACAUGAGUGGCGAAGGCUAUGGUCUUGAGGAGAACAUCAACAUCUUGGCCCCUGCAUUCAAAUUCGAGUCAACCACUCUUGGAUGGGACGUACCUACUGGUAGAAGGGGUCGUUCAGAGCCUGAGUGGAUUUCUUAA